CGGAGAAGCAAACUGAAAACAGCACCCGCUCAUGCGUUCGCGCUGCACACCUGUUUGCUGUUUUUCUUCUCCCGUUCACCUCGCGUGCGCGACAACUAGGGCGACCGCCGACGCUCUACGUCCAGCUGCCCAUGUCUUCGUCGGGCUCUUUGCCGGCGACAGGAACCCACAACACCAGUUCCCGGAGCUCUGGUCUUUUGCCUCGGUCAAAGAGAUUAACAUCCAUCAAACUCGAUUAGCUUCCCCAAAUGAAAUGUUUCAUACCCCCUUCUGCUGAAGCGUUCGAGCAACUUCUUCAACUUCAAGACACCCUUGGUCAACACCAUUUCAUGUAAUUCAUAUUUUGGGAAACUUCAUGAGGAUUUGGUCUGUUUACUCCUUGUAUAGCUCCUUAUCCAACAGUGGAGAUUCAAUAGUUGGCUUUAUCUUCAGUUGUCUUGUACCCAGUUCAAUCAUAUUCUUGGUCUUACAGAAACCUUGGAGAGGCCGGCCUUUGCCCAACUCACAGGUUGUUCCUACAGUUGUCAAUGGAGGAAUCAUGGCAUUCUACUUUGUCUUAUGGGGUAAAGGACUUCUUGCUUGUGGCCCACUAGUUGCUCUACUGGCAGAGUAUGCAGGUGCUGUUCUUGGAGUUCUCUCUGCUGCUUUAUAUGGAAGGAAAGUUAACAUCUGGAAAAAGAUUGGUGGACUUGCUGCUAUGUUAGUAGCAUAUUAUCUAUUGUCAAUUGGAUGGUCUACAAGAACACAUUCUCCUUUAUAUAGCUUUGGAAGUGAACCAAUUGAGAAGGCAAGACAAACAUUUGGAGUGAAAGAAAUGGUGGUGCCAAUUACCGCUGGGAUCUUAUCUGCUCUGAGGAGAGUAUUAGCUCGGCGUGUCUCUCUCAAGAAUCAACUUAAAAGGCGGCUCCAUGCUAUAACUAUUGCUUCUGCUACUUGUUUUCUUUUUCCGUUUGCCAUGUGGGAUACAAUCCUAGGCUCAGCGUCCGACAGCAUAGUUAAAUUUCAGCUACCAAAUUGGGCAUACUUGAGUACUGUUUUGUUCGGAAUGGUGCUUAUAUUCUAUGUCGACAAUGUUACUGAAGAAAAGUUGCAUCUGGUCUUCUCUUCUCCAAGGCACUUAAUGGUUUCAACAGGGUGCAUCAUCGUGUUGGAGAUAGUGUACCAAAUGGAUUUCUCCCUUUUUGGAUUUCUGGUCUGUUCUGUUAUUUUGGGAUUAGGUAUUUUUGAAACAACCUCCUUGGAACGCUCAAAGAAAAGCCCUUUGGAGACCCAUGAACUAUCGAAUGGGGUGUUCCACAAUCAAUUGCCAAUUACAGAACUUCCAAGCUGAAGAAUAUAUGACCUGGGUGAGUGAGAUGCAUUGAAAAAAAUUUGUGUUUGCUUAAGUAUGAUUUUUGAAUGAUUUAUCUGUUAGGUCGAGAUUGUGGUGCAAGUUAAUAUUAGAUAGCAUGUUUCAAUGGUGGACUGUUACGGUUUGAGCAUUAGUAUCGAUUGCGGAAGAAUUUCUUCCUGACAUGUUUAUAUAGCCCCUCAACCAAUAGACUUUAAGCCCCUUUUCCCUAUUCUUGUACCCCAGCUGCCACAUGGUGAAUGGCCGCGGUUGCACACCUCAAAAUCAGUGGCUCGAUUCUUUGUGCGAAGGUUUAGAACCACAGACAGAAAGCACGGAUAUUUUUGACCUGCAAAUUUGUCUUUGUGAUCUUCCAUUCUUGUUGGCCACCUGCAUCCUGUACAUGCCAACUACUCCCAGCCCCAGUAGAUGUGUAUCGGUAUCCCCCUUGGAGAUAUUGCAAUUGUCACAGCAUCCUGUCUCCCGACUUGGGUAGUUGCGAAAUUUUGCUUUUCUCGCUUGGAGACGCAGAUGGUUAAAAGGCGGCUGUUUUGACUGCUGUAGCUGUGGUGCAAUCCACAGGAAUAAAAUAUUGUAGAAGUAGUAGAAGCCGGUAUGGAUUAAAGUUGUGACCGAAGUGCAUUGAUACAUGUAAGUAUGUGACCCGUCCAUGAUAUGAUUAACAUGCCGACUUUAUCUUUGACCUGUCCGUGACUGCAAUCAGCGAGUCUCCUGCAUGCUCGACAGAAUGCACAUGUAGGCAUACCAUUAUGGGAAAUGGUUUGAACCCCUUGAUUAAUAAUAAGGUGUUUGAUUUGAGGAGUGA